CAACCAGCAAGUUAAUUGGCAAAGCGGCUUCAUUGUACCGUAACAUGUCGUAAUAAAGCCUUUAGUCGUCUAACAACCCCUUCUCACUAAAACGCCAAAAGCCUACUGAUCCCAUCCUGCUCUGCGCGGAGAAGGCUGUGGGUCCCUGGUUAGAAAGCGGGAAGCGGAACUGCCAUGGCCCGGCCAAUGGCGCCGGUGCCCAGCUCUCAGAAGGCCUUGAUGCUGGAACUCAAGGGGCUACAGGAAGAGCCGGUGGAGGGGUUCCGGGUCACCCUGGUAGGCGAGGGGGAUCUGUACAACUGGGAAGUGGCAAUCUUUGGACCCCCAAACACCCUCUAUGAGGGGGGAUACUUCAAGGCUCGCUUAAAGUUUCCCGUUGAUUAUCCCUACUCCCCUCCUGCAUUUCGUUUUCUGACAAAAAUGUGGCAUCCUAACAUCUAUGAGAAUGGUGAUGUAUGCAUUUCAAUCCUGCAUCCUCCAGUGGAUGACCCACAAAGUGGAGAGCUACCUUCUGAGAGAUGGAAUCCUACCCAGAAUGUGAGAACAAUCCUGCUCAGUGUCAUCUCCCUGCUGAAUGAGCCUAACACUUUCUCUCCAGCAAAUGUGGAUGCAUCAGUUAUGUACAGAAAAUGGAAGGACAGCAAAGGACGUGAUAAAGAAUACACAGACAUUAUCAGGAAGCAGGUUCUGUCAACUAACGCUGAUGCUGAACAUGAUGGAGUGAAGGUCCCUACUACUCUAGCUGAAUAUUGUGUAAAGACCAAGGCUCCUGCUCCAGACGAAGGUUCUGACCUCUUCUAUGAUGACUACUAUGAGGACGAUGAAAUGGAGGAAGAUGAGGAUAGCUGCUACGAAGGCCAGGAUGACUCUGGCAAUGAGGAAUCUUGACAUUGUGUCCUUCAUGCACCUACCACUUUUUGAGCCCCUUGCUCAUUAUGGCAACAGUCAGCAUUUUUUUCACCUUUAAUUUACCAGGGUUCUGUUGCAAGAAACCAUGGAAAUGACUGCUAAUGCAUAAUAAAGUCACCUUAUGUGCGAACAUAGUUCUGAAGUGAAAGGGAGGUUUUUGGUUUUUUUUGUUUGUUUUUUUUUAAUCCGCCCUUUUGCAAAACCAUCUCUAAGAGCUGCUGUAGACAGGUGUCUGAACUGCUGCAGUUCAUGUUUGUGCCACAGGUUGGCAGUAGACUUCAGCAAAUCCUGCUGCACUGACUGCCCUUGUUUUCAGAUUUACUGGUUGCAGAGCAGGGCUAAAAUGAAAGGCAAUGGUGGGUGGAUAUAUAUUUGGAAGGCUGAUAGAGUGGAUGCUUAAGCUGCAAGGUUUUUUCUGCUGUUCUGAGCUUGUCACUCACACUGCAUUUACUGGCUGGAUUUUUUUUUUUAUGUGGGAAGAGGUUGAAAAGGGGUACUGGGUUAUUGUGUGACAUUUUCUUUUCAUUUGUUUCUUUGCAGGGUUUCUUGUUUGGUUUAUUUAAUAAUAAAUACUGAAAAGUAAA